CCUUACCGGAAGUGUGUUUCGUUGUUGUAGCUCGGUUAAGGCUGCUGGGGAGGAGGAAAGACCUGGCUGUGAUGCCGCUGGAUGAUGGCUGCUUUCGGGUUCCUAAGUUACGAACACCGGCCAUUAAAGCGGCCCCGACUCGGCCCUCCGGACGUUUAUCCUCAAGAUCCAAAGCAGAAAGAGGAUGAGCUGACUGCACUGAAUGUGAAACAAGGAUUCAAUAACCAACCAGCUGUGUCUGGGGAUGAACAUGGCAGUGCCAAAAAUGUCAACUUCAACCCUGCAAAGAUCAGUUCAAACUUCAGCAGCAUCAUUGCAGAGAAGCUGCGUUACAACACGUUUCCAGACACAGGGAAACGUAAGCCGCAGGUCAACCAGAAGGAUAAUUUCUGGCUUGUCACAGCAAGGUCACAGAGCUCCAUCAAUAAUUGGUUCACGGAUUUAGCUGGGACUAAACCUCUGACACAGCUUGCUAAAAAGGUUCCAAUCUUUAAAAAGGAGGAGGUUUUUGGAUACUUGGCCAAGUACUCAGUCCCUGUCAUGCGUUCAGCAUGGAUGAUCAAGAUGACCUGUGCGUAUCACGCAGCCAUCACAGAAACUAAAGUCAAGAAGAGGCAUGUGAUUGAUGCUUGUAUAGAAUGGACCCAGAUUAUUACAAAGUACCUGUGGGAGCAGCUUCAGAAGGUGGCCGAGUUUUACAGACAGUUUCCCAGUCAAGGCUGCAGCUCACCGCUCCCAGCCACUCCUGCAGAUGUGGAGACGGCCAUGAAGCAGUGGGAAUACAACGAGAAGCUAGCCAUGUUCAUGUUUCAGGAUGGGAUGUUAGACCGACACGAGUUCCUGACAUGGGUGCUGGAGUGUUUCGAGAAGGUCCGACCUGGUGAAGAUGAGCUUCUCAGACUUCUCCUGCCGCUUUUACUACAGUACUCAGGGGAAUUUGUACAGUCUGCCUACUUGUCACGGAGACUGGCUUACUUCUGCACACGCCGCCUCAACCUGUUGCUAAGCGACGGGAGCUUGGGCCCCGGCACAGGAGGGCAUCCAGCCCAUGGCAUGUUGACACAGCAAGGUAACACCCUGCCCCCCACCCCAACCUCGCAGCCGACAGGAGGGAACCAGCCCCAGACAGCUUUCACGGACUUCUACAUCUGCCCUCAGCACAGGCCUCUGGUGUUCGGGCUCAGCUGCAUGCUACAGAGCAUAGUAUUAUGUUGCCCCAGUGCUCUGGUGUGGCAUUACUCUCUAACAGACAGCAGAAACAAGACUGGUUCACCUCUAGACCUCCUGCCCAUCGCUCCGUCCAGCUUACCAAUGCCAGGGGGUAAUACUGCCUUCACACAGCAGGUCCGUACAAAGUUGAGAGAAAUCGAGGAGCAAGUUAAGGAGCGAGGCCAGGCAGUAGAGUUCAGGUGGUCCUUUGAUAAGUGUCAGGAGACCACAGCAGGGUUCACCAUCGGGAGGGUUCUCCACACCCUGGAGGUUUUAGACAACCACAGCUUUGAGAAGUCUGACUUUAACAACUCACUGGAUUCCCUGUACAACCGAAUAUUCGGGUCAGGUCAGAGUAAAGAUGGCCAUGAGAUGUCACCAGAUGAUGACGCGGUGGUGACCUUGCUUUGUGAAUGGGCCGUGUGCUGUAAGCGCUCUGGCAGACACAGGGCCAUGGUGGUGGCCAAGCUGUUGGAAAAGAGACAGGCGGAAAUAGAAGCAGAGAGGUGUGGUGAGUCAGAGGUGGUGGACGAGAAGGGCUCUGUGUCAUCCGGCUCCCUCUCAGCUGCCACACUACCAAUCUUUCAGGAUGUACUGCUACAGUUCCUCGAUACUCAGGCCCCCACACUGACGGAGCCUGGGAACGAAAGUGAACGAGUGGAGUUCUCCAACCUGGUCCUGCUCUUUUGCGAGCUCAUCCGUCACGACGUCUUUUCCCACAACAUCUACAUGUGCACUCUCAUUUCCCGUGGUGACCUGGCUUCUGACUCCCAUCUGCAGCGCCCACGCUCCCCCAGUGAUGAGACCUCCGAUGAAUCAGAGCGCAAGGAGCAGGACGCAGGCAGCAGUGUCAAGAUGGAGGAUACCGGUCUGUCGGAGUCAAUGGAAAUUGAUCACAACUCCAGUGCUAAUUUUGACGAGAUGUUCUCUCCUCCGAUGCACUGUGAGUCUAAGGGCAGCCCCUCUCCUGAGAAGCCUGCCCCAGAGCAGGACAGCAAGGCCGGCUGUAAGGACAAGGGCAUGGAUCCUGCUUUCCCUCAGCUGUAUGAGCAACCUCGCCACAUUCAGUAUGCCACUCACUUUCCUAUUCCUCAGGAGGAGAGCGCCAGCCACGAGUGCAACCAGCGGUUAGUGGUCCUCUACGGUGUGGGCAAACUGAGAGAUGAGGCGCGACACACCAUCAAGAAAAUUACCAAAGACAUCUUGAAGGUGCUGAACCGCAAAAGCACAGCAGAAACAGGAGGGGAGGAAGGACAAAAGAGGAAGAGGAGUAAGCCGGAGGCCUUUCCCACUGCAGAAGAUAUUUUCUCCAAAUUCCAGCACCUGUCCCACUUUGACCAGCACCAAGUCACCUCCCAGGUGUCCAGAAAUGUGCUGGAACAGAUCACCAGCUUUGCCUUAGGGAUGUCUUACCACCUGCCUCUCGUCCAGCACAUUCAGUUCAUCUUUGACCUCAUGGAGUACUCCCUCAACAUUAGUGGCCUCAUAGACUUUGCUAUUCAGCUUCUGAAUGAGUUGAGUCUGGUAGAAGCCGAGCUGCUGCUGAAGUCGUCCAGCCUGGUGGGCACCUACACCACCAGCCUGUGUCUGUGUAUUGUGGCUGUGCUGAGGAGGUACCACUCCUGCCUCAUUCUCAAUCCUGAGCAGACUGCGCAAGUUUUUGAUGGGCUGCGCAUCGUGGUGAAAUCAGGUGUGAACCCAGCAGACUGUUCCUCUGCUGAGCGCUGUAUCUUGGCCUACCUGUAUGACCUUUACACCUCCUGCAGUCACCUCAAGAACAAGUUUGGCGAGAUCUUCAGUGAGUUCUGCUCCAAAGUGAAAAACUCCAUCUACUGCAAUAUCGACCCUUCAGACUCCAACAUGCUUUGGGAUCCUGUAUUUAUGAUGGAAGCCAUUGCCAACCCCUCGGCCCACAACUUCAACCACUCUAUGGUGGGCAAGAUCCUCAACGACAGCCCAGCCAACCGCUACAGUUUUGUCUGUAAUGUACUCAUGGAUGUGUGCGUGGACCACAGAGACCCUGAGAGGGUAAACGAUAUUGGGAUCCUGUGUGCAGAGCUGACUGCCUAUUGUCGCUCCCUGAGUGCUGAAUGGCUCGGCAUCCUCAAGGCUCUCUGCUGCUCCUCUAACAAUGGCAACUGUGGCUUCAAUGACUUGCUGUGUAACGUAGAUGUUAGCGAUUUGUCCUUCCAUGAUUCCCUGGCAACCUUCGUAGCCAUUCUCAUUGCUAGACAGUGCCUACUCCUAGAAGAUCUGGUUCGCUGUGUGGCCAUUCCUUCGCUCCUCAAUGCAGCCUGUAGCGAGCAAGACUCUGAGCCAGGAGCCAGACUCACCUGCAGGAUUCUGUUGCACCUUUUCAAGACGCCACAGCGUAACCCUGUCCCUCAAGAUGGUGUGAAGUCAGAUAAAUCUUCAGUUGGUAUCCGGUCGUCAUGUGAUCGCCACCUUCUUGCUGCUUCUCAGAACAGCAUAGUUGUUGGAGCAGUAUUUGCUGUCCUCAAAGCUGUCUUCAUGCUGGGUGACGCUGAACUAAGAGGCUCAGGACUGUCACACCCUGCUGGCCUCGACGACAUAUCUGAGGGGCGCAAUGUCUCCAUAGAAACGGCCAGCUUGGAUGUAUAUGCAAAGUAUGUUCUGAAGACGAUCUGCCAGCAGGAAUGGGUAGGAGAGCGCUGCCUGAAGUCUCUGUCUGAGGACAGCAGUGCUCUCCAGGACCCGGUUCUGGUAAACAUUCAGGCCCAGCGGCUGCUCCAGCUUAUUUGCUACCCACACCGCCAGCUGGACAGUGAUGAUGGUGACAACCCUCAGAGGCAGCGCAUCAAACGCAUCCUACAGAACAUGGACCAAUGGACGAUGAGACAGUCGUCCCUGGAGCUGCAGCUGAUGAUCAAACAGAGCACAAACAAUGUAGCUGUACUCGCUCUGGAGAACAUAGCCAAAGCCACCAUAGGUUUUCAGAAAUCAGCUGAGAUGAACAGUAACCCCUCAGGGAAUGGAGCAGCGGGACAAGGUGGCUCCGCAUCCAACAACAACAGUACCACCAGCAAGAUGAAGCCAAUUUUAAGCUCAUCAGAGCGGUCAGGUGUGUGGCUGGUGGCUCCGCUGAUAGCCAAGCUGCCCACCUCAGUUCAGGGCCAUGUACUGAAGGCAGCAGGAGAGGAGCUGGAGAAAGGACAGCACCUGGGCUCUUCCUCACGCAAGGAAAGGGAUAGGCAGAAACAGAAAAGCAUGUCUCUGCUGAGCCAGCAGCCAUUCUUGUCUUUGGUGCUGACCUGCUUGAAGGGACAGGAUGAACAGAGGGAAGGCCUUCUCACCUCCCUCUACAGCCAAGUGCAGCAAAUUGUUACCAACUGGAGAGAAGACCAGUACCAGGAUGACUGCAAGGCAAAGCAAAUGAUGCAUGAGGCUCUAAAACUUCGAUUGAAUCUUGUGGGUGGCAUGUUUGACACGGUGCAGCGCAGCACCCAGCAGACCACUGAGUGGGCAGUACUACUUCUUGACAUCAUCAGCAGCGGCACAGUGGACAUGCAGUCCAAUAAUGAGCUCUUCACAACAGUGUUGGACAUGUUAAGUGUCCUGAUUAACGGCACGCUGGCUGCUGACAUGUCCAGUAUCUCUCAGGGCAGCAUGGAGGAGAAUAAGAGAGCCUAUAUGAACCUGGUCAAGAAGCUCAGAAAAGAGCUCGGGGAUCGGCAAUCAGAAAGGUUGGAAAAGGUCCGACAGCUUUUGCCGCUGCCCAAGCAAACCCGCGAUGUCAUAACCUGUGAACCCCAAGGCUCACUAAUAGACAAGGGUAACAAGAUUGCUGGAUUUGAGAAGGAGUUAUGUGUCUCUUUGCCAUCAGGGCUUCAAGUAUCAACCAAACAGAAGAUUUCUCCAUGGGAUGUCUUUGAGGGUCUUAAAUUCUCCGCCCCUCUGUCUUGCUGGUUCGGUACAGUGCGUGUAGACCGCAAGGUCACCAAAUUCGAGGAGCAGCAGCGUUUUCUGCUCUACCACACCCACCUGAAGCCGAAACCUCGCAGCUAUUAUCUCGAGCCGCUCCCCCUGCCACCUGAAGAGGAGGAGCCCCUGACACCCGUCCAGGAGCCAGAGAAGAAGAUGAUGGAGACAGUGAAGCCAGAGAAGAGUGUGCCUGUGCCCUCUGAAUCAACCAAGAAGAAGUCAAACAAGAAGAAGAAAACUCAGACGGCCAAGACAGAGGACUACGUGAACCGUACACCCGGGGGUGUGACCUAUGGGACUAGUAUGCCACCUGAGCUGAUGCAGAACCACCCAUAUGGAAGGCUACCGUACAGCCAGCCGGCCAUCGGCAUGUACACACAGAACCAGCCUCUACCUCCAGGUCAGUUCAUGGCAUAUUCUCUCAUCAUACUGUCUUUGUCAGUAGCAGCACUCAUCAAGAGCUUUGCUAUGGUUGGAACAACAAAAUACCAUCUGGAAUUGUGGUUAG